AUGACGCGGCCGGAUGAAAAACCAGAUGUUAAAUUUCAGAUUGGAACUACGAAAGCACUCCAUCAGCUUAUGUUUAUCUGGGCCGAACUACGCCGGCGAGUACUCGCAGCACUAAGCCUUGUUAAAGAAAUACCUGCCCACCCGUUCAUAGUAUCACCAGGCCCCGAAUUAUGUCACUCCAACGGGGAGCCGAAAAUGAGAACAAGCCUCCAGGAAGCUCGAGCGAUGCUAAAAGAUAAUGUUGAACGAUUGGAUAGCCUCACCGAAAAGACAAAGGCCCUGAACAGUCUGGUUUUCAACUUAGCAAAUCUGCACGACUCUCGUGCAGCAGUUGAAGAAGCAAGAGCUGCUAAUGCCGUCGCAACAAGCCUUCAGCGCAUCACUUCAUUGACCUUUGUCUACUUGCCCAUCACACUAGCCGCUACGAUAUACGGGAUGAACCUGAGCCCGAUAACCGGUGAUGAGGGACAAAAAGGGAUUUGGGCCUUCUUCGCCGUUAGUGCGGGACUACUAGUGGUGACUAUCGGGGUAUUGGGUAUCUGGAUUUGGAAGAGUCAGAUUGUAGGGUGGUUUAAACAUGGGCACAGGGGGAAAUCUAAGGUUGAACUUUACCAACAAGAGAAGAAUAUAGCGCUCGCAGAGCCAUAG